AGAAAACAAUAAGUCGGAGAGAGAGAGAGAGAGAGAGAGAGAGAGAGAGAGAGAAAGAGAGGGAGAAACGGGUACUCAUGACUCAGCUGAUUGAGAAUGGGAGUAGACAUUGUCGUUGGUUUUCCUUUCCUGCUAAGCUCGAAAUCAACGGAUUCGAAAGAAAACCCUUCACUUACCUCUCUAAUAUGAGAUUUUCAAGUCUCCUUCCAUCUUUUUCCUUCUUUCUGUCUCUUCCUGUUUCAUUGUUCUUCCUUACCUGGAUUCCGGACUCAGAGAGAGAGAAAGAUUUGCUUGAUUCGUAUAUUUGCACAUUCAAAGAUGAAUAAAAGAAACAAAGACGUCAUACGCUUGGAGAGGGAAUCCGUUAUCCCAAUUUUGAAGCCCAAGCUUAUUAUGACAUUGGCUAACCUCAUUGAACUUGAUUCAGACCGUUCAGAAUUUCUAAAGCUCUGUAAAAAAGUUGAAUACAUAAUUCGUGCUUGGUAUCUUCUUCAAUUUGAAGAUCUGAUGCAAUUGUAUUCCCUCUUUGACCCUGUUCAUGGAUCUAAGAACUUGGWGCAGCAGAACCUAUCUUCGAAAGAAAUUGAUGAUCUUGAGCAGAACUUCCUGACAUACUUGUUCCAGGUGAUGGAUAAAAGCAAUUUCAAGAUAACAACAAAUGAGGAGAUUGAAAUUGCUCAAUCUGGGCAGUAUCUCCUAAAUCUUCCUAUAACAGUUGAUGAAUCAAAGCUUGAUAAGAAGCUCUUGAAACGGUUUUUUUAUGAGCAUCCUCAUGAAAACCUCCCAGAGUUUGCAGAUAAGUACAUAAUAUUUCGUCGAGGCACUGGAAUUGAUUCCACAACUGAUUACUUUUUCAUGGAGAAAGUGGAUAUGAUCAUUGCACGUUUAUGGGCAUGGAUUCUCAAAGUAACUAGAUUAGAAUGUAUCCUUUCCAGAAAACUAAGUUCAAGACAGUCAAAGGAUCCAAAGAAAAAUGAUGAAAUAAUCACUGAAUUGGAGCAAGAAGAACUAAAUUUUGAACGAAUCCGAAUUGAAAAUAUGGAACUCAGCAUACAUAAUCUGCUUAGCAAGAUCACAAUUCAAGAACCAACAUUCGAUAGGAUCAUUGUUGUAUACAGACAAGCAARUACUAAAACUAAGAAUGAAAGAGGAAUAUAUGUAAAGCAUUUUAAAAACAUCCCUAUGGCCGAUAUGGAAAUAGUUCUGCCAGAGAAGAAAAAUCCUACUUUAACACCAAUGGACUGGGUUCAGUUUAUUUCUUCAGCUAUUAUUGGGCUGGUUACUCUUGUUGGUUCACUUGAAAAGCCUAAAGCUGAUAUCUGGGUCAUUAUUGCCAUCCUCUCUGGACUUAUUGGCUACUGUGCUAAGAUCUAUUUCACGUUUCAGCAAAACAUGGCGACAUAUCAGAACUUAAUUACGCAAUCGAUGUAUGACAAACAACUGGAUAGCGGGAGAGGGACUCUUCUUCACUUAUGUGAUGAUGUGAUUCAACAGGAAGUUAAAGAGGUGAUCAUUUCAUUCUUUAUUUUGAUGGAACAGGGCAAAUCUACGAGACAAGAUCUUGACCAUCGGUGUGAAGAACUAAUUCAAGAAGAAUUUGGUGAGAAAUGUAACUUUGAUGUGGAUGAUGCAGUCCAAAAGUUAGAGAAGCUAGGCAUUGUUGCUCGGGAUGGCAUUGGAAGGUAUUAUUGUGUAGGUUUAAAGCGUGCUAAUGAGAUCAUUGGCACCACAACAGAGGAGCUAGUGCUGAAGGCAAAGCAGGGACCAAGUGUUUCUUAAUUUUGUACCUAAAGGCAAUUGCGAUGCUUUUUGGGUCUUCAAGAUUUUGGCACCUCAUUUUCUUUCAGUAAAUUUUCCUUCCAACUUUAAAAUACAACAGUAUGGUCAGUCUAUGUAAACCUUUGAUGAACAUGUAUCCAGUUUCUUUUGUUUGCA